GGGGGCGGCGGCACCAUGUGGAGCGGCCGCAGCUCCUUCACGAGCCUGGUCGUGGGCGUGUUCGUGGUAUACGUGGUGCACACCUGCUGGGUCAUGUACGGCAUCGUCUACACCCGCCCGUGCGCCGGCGACGGCAACUGCAUCCAGCCCUACCUGGCGCGGAGGCCCAAGCUGCAGCUGAGUGUGUACACUACCACGAGGUCCAACCUUGGUGCUGAGAACAACAUCGACCUGGUACUGAACGUGGAAGACUUUGACGUGGAGUCCAAAUUUGAGAGGACAGUCAAUGUGUCUGUACCAAAGAAAACGAGGAACAAUGGGACUCUGUACGCCUACAUCUUCCUCCAUCAUGCGGGGAUCUUACCCUGGCAUGAUGGGAAACAGGUGCACCUCGUAAGUCCUCUUACCACCUACAUGGUCCCCAAACCCGAAGAAAUCAAUCUCCUCACCGGGGAGUCUGCUACACAGCAAAUCGAAGCUGAAAGGAAGCAGACCAGUGCCUUGGACGAGCCUGUUGCUCACUGGCGGCCAAGGCUGACACUGAACGUGAUGGUGGAUGACUUUGUCUUUGACGGGUCCUCUCUCCCUGCCGAUGUGCAUCGCUACAUGAAGAUGAUCCAGUUAGGAAAAACUGUCCAUUACCUCCCCAUCCUGUUCAUCGACCAGCUGAGCAACCGAGUGAAGGAUUUGAUGGUCAUAAACCGCUCCACCACGGAGCUGCCGCUCACUGUGUCCUACGACAAGAUCUCGCUGGGCAAGCUGCGCUUCUGGAUCCACAUGCAGGACGCCGUGUACUCCCUGCAGCAGUUCGGGUUUUCAGAGAAGGAUGCUGAUGAAGUGAAAGGCAUUUUUGUAGACACCAACCUGUACUUCUUGGCUUUGACCUUUUUUGUUGCAGCAUUUCAUCUCCUUUUUGAUUUCCUGGCAUUUAAAAAUGACAUAAGUUUCUGGAAGAAAAAGAAGAGCAUGAUUGGAAUGUCCACCAAAGCAGUGCUCUGGCGCUGCUUCAGCACCGUGGUGAUCUUCCUCUUCCUUCUGGACGAGCAGACGAGCCUCCUGGUGCUGAUCCCAGCAGGCAUCGGAGCGGCCAUCGAGCUGUGGAAAGUGAAGAAGGCAUUGAAGAUGAGUGUUGUUUGGAGAGGCCUGAGACCAGCACUUCAGUUUGGCACUUCCAGCGAAUCCGAAAGGAAGACCGAGGAAUACGACACUCAGGCCAUGAAAUACUUGUCUUACCUCCUCUACCCGCUCUGUAUCGGUGGGGCUGUUUAUUCGCUCUUGAACAUCAAGUAUAAAAGUUGGUAUUCCUGGUUAAUCAACAGCUUCGUCAAUGGGGUGUACGCCUUCGGCUUUCUCUUCAUGCUGCCCCAGCUCUUCGUGAACUACAAGAUGAAGUCGGUGGCACAUUUACCCUGGAAGGCGUUUACCUACAAAGCCUUUAAUACCUUCAUCGAUGACGUCUUCGCCUUCAUCAUCACCAUGCCCACCUCCCACCGGCUGGCGUGCUUCCGGGACGAUGUGGUGUUCCUCGUUUACCUCUACCAGCGAUGGCUUUACCCUGUGGACAAGAGCAGGAUCAACGAGUUUGGAGAGUCUUACGAAGAAAAGUCCAAGUGGAAACCGCACCCGGACUAA